AUGGGUAUCUUUGUUUCCAAAUCUGGCAGGGGAGAAUCACAGCGUAGGCCGCACGGUAAUACGACAACCGGCCUACAAAAAUCAAGCAAUACAGGAGACCCUGGUUCUUCAAACGCUGUCGGAACUAGGACAAUGAACAAAGGGAAUGUAAAUGAAUCUGACAGAGUAUCCGUGAAUAAAGUUGAGAAUUGUGACGAGAAUAGAAAGGACGGUGAAAGGUCGAAGCAGCGCGAUAACAAUGACGACAACAAGGAACAAAGUAAGAUGGCGUCGACUGCAGGCCCGGUCUCUUCAGCACAUGGAGCAACUACAACUACAACAGAAGGGCAAAGUUAUACAGUUGCAUCUCAUGAUAGCGGUGGCAACGAAGAAAGUGAUAUAUACUCCAAUAUUUGGUAUGCCAUUGAUGCAGGCCUAGAAGAGUGGAAUGCUUUCAAUAGAAAACGACAGGUUCCAUCCCAUAAGGACUGGACGGUCAUCAGACUUUUUGUCUCUUCAACGUUCACAGAUUUCUACGCUGAGAGGGAGGUUCUGGUCAAAAGAGUCAUGCCGACAAUCAAUGACUGGUGCGCGCAGCGAAAAAUCCAAGUUAUUGAAUGCGAUCUAAGGUGGGGAAUUCCAAAGAACACGUCAGCCAAUGAUACCAUUCAGAUUUGUAUGGAAGAAAUUGAUAAGUGUCUAGCAGAUACAGGGGGUCAAGCUUUCUUUUUAAAUAUGCUUGGAGAACGGUAUGGUUGGAUUCCAGAUCUUAGACAAAUCGAUAGUGAAACUGUUCGUCAGUUCGAUUUGAUUCAAGGCAUUUCGAUCACGCAUGCUGAAAUCCUCCAGGCUGCUUUGCGCUCCAGCAGCCAGAAUGCGAUAUUUUUCAUGCGUAAUUCAAGUUUUAUUUCAGAGCUACCUGAAGGUAUGAAGCCAUCUUUUGUCGAAGCAACGUGGGCUGGCAAACAAAAACUUACCGAACUGAAAAAUCAGUUAAAAAGACGAUUUCCAGAGCAAGUAUUUGAAUAUGAUUGCAACUACAAUUGUAUUGGUUCUGAAUCCGGUUUAGCUGACAGCAGCAUCAAGCGGCUCGAAUCUUUUGCGGAUACUGCAAUUGAUUUCUUCAAGAACGCAAUUGAAAAGUUUUGCCCCAACCAGGAGAAGGUGCUGUCUGAUGAGGAACUUUACUUCUUAUAUCAAGACGGGUUUAUUGAUAAGAAGUGUGCAUUGCUUGUUGGACGAGACAGUGAAGUGAGGAAGAUUGUCGAUUUUGCACAGGAUUUUGUGGAAUCUAGCAGUAGUCAUGGCAACUACUGUUUCGUAACAGGUACAUCUGGAAUUGGAAAAUCGUCGCUUCUUGCACAUGUUGUUCGAAGUUUGAAGUCUGCAGGAUUAAAUUGUUUGUACAAUUUUGCCAGUGCAUCACCAGGGUCAACUGUUUCAUCAUUUGUGACUGAUGUUUUCACAAAGACCCUGAUGUCAAGCCAGGGUCAAUCUGUGAAGGAUUUCGACAGCCAGAGCCUAGAAUUUAGGAAAUCAAAGUACAAAGAAAUGGUUAAAGAUAUUCUUUUUGAAGAGAGGCAGAUCACAUUUGUUUUUGAUGCUGUAAAUCAGUUUUCUGACCUUGAGGCCUUUUCUCUGGAUUGGUUGCCCUUUGAGCUGAAAGGCAGAGCGAAAUGCAUCGUUGGAUGCACUGACGACAGUCAAAUAAUAGACAUGCUAAAAGACAAGGUAUCAUCAAUCCCUUAUGAAGAAAUUCAGCUUAAAGGGUUUGACCAGCAGUCUAGUGAAGAAUUCAUUACAUCGGCGUUUGCUCGUUACAGCAAAAAAUUAGAUGACGUUCAGAUGAGGCAACUUAUUGGCAAGAAUGAAUCGUUCAGUCCACUUUGGUUGUCGCUUGCAUGUGAAGAACUCCGUAUUUUUGGUAUCUUUGAGCAGUUGAAUGACAGAAUACUAAGUCUUCCUGGGCAGCUAGAGGAGCUUGUUUUUAAUAUUGUCAAACGACUGAUUGACGAAGACGAAACUGAUUUGAUAAAAGAUAUAGUAUGCCACUUGGUAUGCAGCACAUCUGGUUUAACUGAAACUGAGCUGCGUUGGAGCUGUGGUGAUGGAAAGGAGCCCGUAUCCAUCUUUCUUUGGAAAAAAUGCCAAUUGCUACUGAAGCCGUACCUUCUUAUAGUUGGCAAGAGGCGUGGUGAAGAGAACUUAGCCUUUUGUCAUGACUCUUUUAACAUCGCAGUCAAAAAGAAUUUACUGAGUGAUGAAGUACUGAAAAGAUCUUACCAUAGCAAGCUCGCCACUUCGUUUGCUGCCCACUGUAAUGACGACAUUAGACUUGCCAGCGAGCUUCCCAUCCAACUAAAGUUAGCCAAAGAUUUUAUAGCUUUAGUUGAGUUCUUCAGAAAGGACAUCCGCUCUUUACGCGUAAGUUACAUUCAUAAGAGCCAGCAUCUCAGGGAAUUGCGAUGCAUUUCGUUCGUGGAUGGUGCAAACGUGAGAUUCUCUGCUCCUGUCUAUCUCUGCAAUAUGUGCUCCACAAAAACAAAAGCCUUUACUCCAGCGCCCGGACUGAACAAGGACAGCUGUCUCAUUUGUGGUGCAAAUGUGCCCUUCAAGAACAACAGUCUCCUCGCUUAUGUUUGCAUGAAACACAAAAAUAACACUGCUCCAGAAACAGCAAAAUGCUGGGUGUGCAAGAGCGUCAUCUUUCUAAAACUGAAGAUGAAUUUCAACCAAAUGUACACGUGCCAGUUUUGCGCGUCACAAGGUCAAAAAUGCGUCAAGUUAAACACUUAAUUAAGUUAAAUCAUUUCUCUAGAGUUUAAGUAUUGUAUAGACAUUUCUUUAGCAUAUACUUUAAAGUUUAGUAGAGACCUUUCUCUACAAGAAAGUUUAAAGCAGACGUGUUUUAUAAUGAUUGUGCUAUUGUUGAAACAUUUAGUAGGGAAUAAGAGAUUGUUUUUAAAACACGACUUUUGAGCGAGACAGCCUUUGAUCGUGCAGCAUCUUAAAAUCUAGUUUUUAAGAUGUAGUUUAUAAGAGUUCAAAUAUAAAAAACAGAUCAAUGUAUUAAAAAGAAAAAAAUUAGUUUUAAAUAACAAAUAUUGAUAUCAAUUAUAAGAUCAACAAUUUUGCGGUUUUGUUAUUUUAAUUUUGUCGGGAUGUUUUUGAAAGGGGAAUCGUAGCUUUUCUAAUUUAGGAAAAUAAGAAAAUUUAGUUGCAGAUCAUGUUACAUAUAUAACAUUAGUAAAAUUUAUAUGGUUUCACCAUAGUUAAGAACAAAAAUCUAGUAUCUUUUAAAUUUUGAAAUUUUUUCAUCUAAGACUUUGAUAGAAAUUCAUCCAUUAUAUCUAUUUUGCUUGUUAUGUGGCUGGAGCUUUGAAAAUCUUUUUAUAAAUGACUGUUUUUCUGAUUGAACUAUUGAUAAUAUUCAUAAAGGAGAAUCUUUGUAUUUUGUAUUCAUGAUAUUUUUUAUGAUUCCACGUCGUUAUUUUGUCAUAGAAGCAUGC